AUGGAGAACGAGAAGGGAGAGAUCGUCGAUCUCUACGUCCCCCGCAAGUGCAGCGCCACCAACCGCAUCAUCAAGGCCAACGACCACGCCUCGGUCCAGCUGUCCGUCGGCAAGGUCGACGAGAACGGCCGCUACACCGGCGAGAACCAGACCUACGCCCUCUGCGGCUUCAUCCGCGCCCGCGGCGAGAGCGACGACUCGUUCAACCGUCUCGCUCAGCGUGAUGGCUACCUGAAGAACGUGUGGUCUGCCAGCUCCCAGCGGUAA